UUCGCCUCAGCUGAUUCCCUCACAACCCGUUGUGAACAAGCAUUUGGUGGCUCUCAUGCUUGGAAUUGUUUUGUUUCCUGGGACACCACAGUUGUAUGCUGAUAUUGUGUGAAUAUUUGAAGAAACUGAAAACUAUGCUUGUCUGGAUGUCAGCCCAGUGAUUCAGAAAAGGAGGUGGUGGAUUCUUGCAGGAAACUAUACAAAAAGACAUUGCACAAACAUCCCCUGAGAGUGAAUGCUGUAUAUAUGUGGUAGAAUUACCACUUAAAAGUGCAAGAACUAAAGGAUGGACAAUAGUUAUGAGAAUUUAAAUUCUUGCGCUAGUACCGACUCUUUCCCAAUUAAUAUUUCAGAGUCACUCGAAUGCUUUAUCUGCAGAGAAGGGGAGGGGAGAGCCCGUGAUUCUUUGCUGAACUUCUGUGACUGCAAGAGCCUGCUGGCCCAUCACAAGUGUCUUCUUGCGUGGAUACGAAAGGGCCCUGGAACUGAAGACAGACCGAGAUGCAGAGUGUGCACAGCUGAGUACCACUUGCAGAAAGGAUCAGCGUGGAGGCUUGUUGCUUGCCGGUGGCAGAUCUGGAUCAUUUGCACCGUAGCCUUUGCCCUAUUUGCCAUUGUCCCCUUCGUGGUGUACAGGAUGAUGACUGCCUUCAGAAACCCUCCUCCCCACCCUCUGUUCAAGGCGGCAGCAGUCUGCUUUGGACUGCUCACUGAGACGCUCCUAAUUAAAUUCCUUGUGUGCUACUGCAGCAGAUCUUACGGCAGUGCCAAGAUGUCUUCAUUCUCUGUUCGGGCACGGACUGUAGAGCGAUGCGAUGCAGGCUUCAGCCUUCUGUGGCCAGUAGCAGCCGGUCAGAACUCAUCAACAGCUGUGGGGAGCGGAGGAGAGGAGAGAAAGCAGGAGGUCCUCAUGGCGAGUGAGGGCUUGGGCCUCAAGCUCUGUGUGUGAGCACAAACCAGCACACCCAGGCCAGGGCCUAAGGAAACCCCAGCAGCAGUGAAAAAAACAGAUUGACACUCAGUGACUCAUUUAGCUUCUGGAUUGGACAGAUUUCUUCCCUGCUGGCAGUUUUGGCCGUGUGUCACUGGGACAGAUACCAGUUGUGGCUUAUCAAAAUUAUAUUGGUGAUGAAAAAAAAAUUAAAAAAGAGUCAUCACAAUGAAGAGAUUUUAGCCUCAUGUUGACAACAGAAGGCCAAGCAAUUUCUAGUUGGUACAUUUGUUUUAUUUAAAAAAAAUGCUUUCAGUCUGCCAAAAUGGAAGAUUGGGUGAGUCAAAAUUAAGGUUUUUAAUCUAGCCAUCAUAAAUCAUUGAGGGGAUUCACAUUUCUAGAAUUCUGAUGAAAGGGUUAGGCGCACAAAACACUGUGCCUUAAAGCAUCUUCUGAAAAUUGUGUUAGUUCCAAUGAUAUGUUUUCCUUGGCAAACAUCGAGCUGUAAAUAGGGAUUGCUUACAGUAUUUGUCAUUAACACAGUUAGCCCAGCACCGCUAGAUUCAUUGGGGCAUUUUUUGGAACCCAAGUUUGAGCAAUGUUAGUGAAAAGAAAAUAUUUUUUUUUGCUUUUUCAAAUCUGCCCAGGUAUUUUAAAAACAGCAUAUGGACCCCAGAUACAGCAAAGGGUAAACAUAAAUAUGGGAAAAUCUAUUUCCCACUUCCUCCACAGUUGGCAGGAGGCAUGGUGCUGAAAUGGCGUGAUCGAUUCCAACAUUAAAACCCAGUACACUUCUGUUAGUGCAGUCUGUUUUAACUUCACUUUCCUCUUUGGAUGCUGAUUUCAAUCCGAGUGCCUCUAUUUUCUUCACUCAUUAAAGUGGAACAGAUCUUUACUGCAGUUGGACAUAUCUUUGUCAGUCCCAAACGUGAACAGAUCUAAUCUUUUAUUUUUUGGGUGGAGAGGAGGAAACUUCUGUUAGUUUUCCUUUUGCAAUCCAGGACGUUAAUUGCUGACAUACAAAAAAGGGCAUUUGAAAAAAAAGAUCACAUUCUCAAAAUCUCAAAAAACCCCACACCCCGUUCAACCAGCCUACAUUUAACCCUGUCAGGUGUACACUUAGGAAGGAGAAAUCGUACACAGAUGCACCCAGCCUCAGCCCGUUAUACUAAGCCACUCAUCGUUUUUCAACCACAGGGACUACAUCUCAAAAGACAUAAAAGCUAAAUUUCAGAAAUUUCUUUUUUAGAAAUGACCUCUAGGGGCAUUAAAUUUUAAUUUCUGCAUUUUCCAUUUACUAACUCACAUUUACCAACAGAGAUGUAUAGAUAAUAGGAUAGUAUAUGGUAGCACAAGGACUCUCUUCACCCUGAUAGGGGUGCGUCUGGUGUAAUGUUGUCAGUGCUGUCAGUUUCAGUGUUUAUUUCUUUUUUUAAUUCAAAUGUAUGUGAACUGAGAUUACUAAAGUGGUGGUGUGUGGGGGGGUGCAUGGGGAGCAGGAAAAUGACUUUGUUUGAAAGGGGAGUACAGAGUAUGAAUUUCAUAAAGACAGUAAUAGUAAUCAAAACAUUAAAAGUAUACACCUCAUGUAAUAAUGCUGGAAUUCCCUGUUGCACGCUGGACUCGUAUAUCAAAAUAUCUUUGUAGAAGCAGUGAUUUUAUUAAAACUGGCAUUCCAAACUGAAGGAAUGAAAUGCCUGGCGUUUCAUUCUUGCUGAAGAGCCCCUAAUAAAACUCUACCCCUCUUACACAAGCUCUUUAUUAGACCAUAAAUGGCAUUCAUAUCAAAUAUUAUUACGCAGGAAAGACAUGCAUAUACAAUUAUAUUCUGAUAGCCUCAAUUGUGUUAAGGUUUUAUUAAAUAUGUCUGGUGGAAGUCUCACUGUAAAUGUGUUCCAUUAUGAGGCAUUUGUCCUGCCUAUUACAGCAAGCGAUUUCUAUAAACGCACGUCAGUACAUUUUCAGGUCGCUGGAAUUAUCUCCAGCAGGAUCAUAAGGCUAACUCACUGUAUAUCUGUUGUGAAAUGCCAUAACAAAAGCCCACGCCUGUGUGAUCUCAAGGCUUAAUAUUCUGAUGUGCCAGAUGGGCACUUUCAUGACUGUGUGAGCGUGGAUUAUUUCAUUUCCUACAUCUGGGACUCCAAAUGGCUGCACAGAAUGCUUCAGGAGAAAGUCGCAGGCUGGCGACUUGGGAGGUUUACCUUCAGUGGGGAGCUGACAUGAUCUGGCAACGAGGCGGCAAAGACUUUGGCACACAUAGCUUUCUAAAGGUUACGUGCCUGGGCUCCGACGCAAGGCAAAUGUUCAAGAAAUGUCUGUCUAAAACUCCUAGCAGUGGGCAGCAUCAGUUUGAAUUUAGAACUGGUUAGGUAUGAAGGUUUUAAGUGAAGUCAUUCCUGCUUUAAAAAAAAACUUAACAAAUCAAAUGUACUUUUUAAGUCAUUAUGAUAUUGUGUACAAUAACGUUUACCUUAUAAAAGUUUACCAUGGUACAUUUAGACAUUAAUUUAGCAGUUUGCCAAGUUUUUCCUAUGUUUAUACUAUACAUUCACUGUUGUUUAUCAUGGUUAACCAUCUUUUUUCCUCCACCAUGCUUUAACAUAGUUCCCAGUGAAUCACGAUUCUUGCUUGUACUUUACCAGGCUACACUUUCCAAAGCUUACACUGCGUUUUACUGCAGUCAGUUUUUUAUACAUCUUUUAUAAACCACCUAGGUAACCACUUGAAACCAGGCGGUCCAAGUUCAGCAGGGAUAUCAAUACCAAUUAAAACAUGCACAAUUGCAUGAGACCGACGCGGGGGUGGGAGUAAUACAGGGUUUAAGGUGGGCUGUUGCAAACAAACAUAACUGUCAGAUAAAUUAAAGAGCACCAAAUUCUAAACGAUCAAUGAAUAUAGCGCACAAACACCAAUUCAUUAUUUGUUUUGUGCACAAGAUGACAACUAGCUUAUUUUGUUAGGAAUAGAUAAGAUACCCAGCUUUGAAAAUCGCUCCAUGCAGCAUGUCUCCUAGGAUGUGCUCGUAUGUACUCCAGUGGGAGGGACAUACAGGGUGAGCUACAGAAUGUAAUGUUAACAGAAUUGCUUGGCAUGAAGGAGCUGUUGGGGGUAAUUCAAAAUGUAAUUCAUCUGCUAUUCAUGGUCAGGAGUUUGCAAACAUGUCCUCAAGGUUCAUGUCUUAGAUUAAUCUUCUGUAUCGAUUGGAGGUAAACACUGCACAGGCAAGUGUGCUGGAGAAACCUGAAAGGACUGUGCUUGGUAGCCCUGCAUCCUCAAAAUAAAAUAAUAAAGCACUCAGGCCCAAGUGGGAUCACCCAAUAUGUUUCAGUCAGUGUGUGAACUAGCAGGUUACUGUGAUGAACCAACCGGUCAUGAAUGUUUCUGACCUCUGUCUCCAGUUAUCUGUCAUUCAUCUAGCGGUUGAGAGGGCUCAGUUCACAGAGAUUUGCAUUUUAUAAACAAAAAUAAGCAUUCAAAUGAAAUUUGGAGAAUGAAGCCAAUAAUAUUGUGUUUUUUAAAUUAAGUGCAAGUGAGUUAUCCAUUGAUUCAGUGAGGAAAUACAGUGCUCCUUCAUCUCCUUAUUCUACGGUGACAUCCAAACCAUUAUCCAGAGGGGUAGUAAACAUGUUUUUGCAUGAAGAGCUUAGCAAAGGGUUACGGAUUUUUGGUAGUGCAUGACAGAUUGGUAGGAAAUUAACAGCUUCAGACAUUAAGUGAAUUAAACCCAUAAGUGUACAUUAAACCAGUUCAUAAGAGGUUUCUCCAGGAAUUUAUGAUUUAUUAUUUCUCAAGGUCUGUUUCCAGAUAAAAGGCCAUGGUAAACUGAUAUAUGAAAUCAUAACAUUAAGCCUAAAUAUGAAGAGCAACCCAUAGAGCCAUCGAGUCAUAACUUGAUAAAAAUGCUUGGUAACACUUUGUGUCUCUAAUUACUGUAUAUUUAAAUAGCAGGUACGUACAUAUAAUUACAAUGUUAUUAUGCACUGUUACAAUGUACUUAAUGUGUAAAUCUUUUCUAACUAUAUAUUAAGUACACAAUUGUAUCAAAAAAGGGUUAGUGUUAGAGGGUUGGGGAUAGGGUUAGGGUUAGUGUUAGGGGGGCUAGUGUUAGUGAUAGGGUGAGGGUUUGUGUUAAGGGGGUUAGGGUUAUAUUGUACUAAAAGAUUUACACAUUAUGUUCAAUGUAACUAUGCAUACAAAUAUUGUGAUUAUGUAUUUACUAAGUAACUACUAUGUCAUUACACAGUGAUUAAAGACACUUAAUGUUAUCCAAUGCUUUUAUUCAGACUUGAAGUCAAUUUUUAGCAUAUAAAAUGUAAAGUGUCUUUAACAAUGGACAAGUCUGUGGUUCGUGUUCACAGUGUAGCCUACCAAUCUACACAAAAUGAGUAUCUUGAAAUUAGGACAUCUGUAUCUGUUUGCUCAUUAGGAUAUACUUAAAUAAAUAGUACAUUUAGUAAAACUGCAUAAAGUACAGUUCUACUAUUAAAGAGCUUCAUUUUCACACAAUAUGCUGUUCAUAAUUAUUACUGAUGUUAACUGAUUUAUAAAUAAACUUUAACAUGAAAAAUGUAUCAUUGUAUUUUUUCUUGUAAAAAAAAUAAAAUAAAAAAA